GGUAGUAGUUGGGGGACCUUUCACUUACACGGGCUCAUACCUUCCUCGGCAUGCUGUGGUUCGCCAAGGUCAGCGUAUUGGUGGUGGCUUGGGUGAACUCUGCAGAAUCCAACCCAUAUUCGCGCUACAGUCCGUGGGUUAAUCCGUGGAUUAGGCAGCAAUCCCAGGCCCACCCUUGUGACGGGAUUUCUGGGAGGAACUCGACCUGGCACGCCAAGGCGGAGACAGUGGGCGUGGUAGUUGUGGGCGGAGGCGUUUCAGGACUGACAGCUGCCAAGACGCUCAUAGACAAUGGCGUUAACGACGUCCUGAUUCUGGAGGCUCAGGAUCGCCUUGGAGGGCGAGUGCAUACCUACAGAAAAGAGGGCGUGGUGGUAGAGGAAGGGGCGGAGUGGAUUCACGGAGGCUGGAGGAACCCCGUCUAUCGCAUAGCCGUGGAGAUAGACGGAGUAGACACCCCCCUGCCCGACGAUGCCUUCGACUGGCGGGUCGUGACGCAAGACGGCGUGGCAACUGACAAGUCACGUUAUGACGUGGUGGAAAACCUGAGGGACAUCUGCGAGAGGUCUGACGACGUUCUGCUGCCUUACUACGGUCUUGCUUACGGCCAAUGCUUCCUCGACAAGUACCAGGAUGAGUAUGGCCCUGGCUAUGACUCGCCGGAAGGAGAGGGUUGGCUACACUACCUCGAGCAGAUCGUGAAUGGCGAGGAAGGCACGGAUAGUUGGCUGGACAUCGCGGCCCGAGAGGCGGACAAGUACCCUGACCUCGGCUACGACUUCCAGUGGAAGAGUGGGUACGAUACCCUAUUCCAGUACUAUGAGGCGAGCAUUCCAGCAAGCAAAAUUAAGCUGAACAGUCCCGUGUGCCGAAUCCUGUGGGACGAAGGUGACGAUAAGGUCCUGUUGGUGACCCAGAGUGGGGAUUCCUACUUGGCUACGCACGUCAUCGUCACCGCCUCCUUCGGGCACCUCAAGGAGCGACACACCAACAUCUUCGAGCCGCCGUUGCCUGAAUCCUUCAGUGUGCACUUCGGGCAUCUUGAUCUGGGAGUGUCGAACAAGAUCCAGCUCGGAUGGACGAACCCUUGGUGGGGAAGCAAACCCCUCGACCUCGACAUUGUCUGGACAUCUCAGGACGUCCCUCUCGACAGGUUAUGGUUGUAUGACAUCGUGAACGUGGCGAGCGUGCACAGUGCCCCCGACGUGCUGCAGAUGUUCGUCAUGGGGAAGGACUCGAAGAACAUGGAAAACCUGCCUGAGGAGACCGUCCUGGAGCACGUCAUGUACCUCCUGAAGAGAGUCACUCUCCAGGACAUCCCACAGCCUGACUUUUUCCACAGAACGAGUUGGUACAAUAAUCCCUGGACUCGCGGAGCAUAUGAGACCUACAUCACCCUCUGGGGCGACCACCAGGGGUUGAAGGGGCAUGAUCCCAUCACAGUUCCUCUUAAGAACUCGCAGGGAAGACAGGUCGUGAUGUGGGCGGGGGAGCACACACACAGCACCCGCUACGGCACGGUCGACGGGGCGUAUGACACAGGCGAGAGGGAAGGAUACAGACUCCUCGAUAUUCUCAAACCAGGAAGGACUGCGUAAAUAAAUACAUCUAAUUACGCUUGCAGUGACUCCAUUCCCUUCCCUUUCUUAAGUAUGUUCUCUGCAUGGCGUUCUUUCAUUAACAUUUAUCAUUUGCUGAUUUUUGUCUCACAGAAUUGCAAUCCCGUUUUGUUAGUGGUAUGAGGAUGCGGAUUUUCCCAUUUGAUUGGCAUGUCUUUAUUUUAUACAGGACGCCUGCACUGUCAUGAGUUGCCAUUGCCAGGUGUUAUGAAUCUUAAAAGGGGUUUCGUGUCCUAGAAAAUUAAAAAGGUGAUCAUUUUGUAUUUAAAUGUAUAACAUAUAUAUAUAUAUAUAUAUAUAUAUAUAUAUAUAUAUAUAUAUAUAUAUAUAUAUAUAUAUCUUUGUUUAGAAGAAAACGGAACCAGUAUUUCAAACUCAAUUCAAACUCGGAUCUUGUAACAUCAUGGCAGAAUACAAAAAAAAGUCAGGAUAACAUUUUUUCAGCAAAAGAACGUAUCAGAAUGAGAAAUGUGUAAUCUGGAAGAAAAAAAAAAGUAAAGCAAUCAUUAAAAAUAUAUGUAUAUAAUAAAAUUGGAGUCGGAAA